GCGUUGCGCGCAGGCGCAAGCCCGAAGAAGGGCACAUUUUGAGCCCGGGCAGGUUUCUCCGUCGGGAGUUGCUGGGAGGGAGAGAGUGAGCUCGGUGCUGUUUGUCGGGGGAGGCCGGCGCUGGGCGGGAGGAGUGGCGCGGCUGGGGUCUGGUGGUGGCAUCACAGGCACCUGUCCGCUGAGGAGGCUGCUCGCAGCCCGCGGGAGCAUCGGCGGCAAGGGUAGCCCCCAACUUUGCUGCGCCGCAGGAAGUCCCUCGAAUCUGGCCGAAGUGGGGCCGGGGCUUCUCCGUCCGUUACCCUCCGCGCCGUCUGGGGGCGAAAAUGCCGAAGAAGAAGCCCGGGCCGAUUCAACUCAACCCUGCUCCGGAUGGAUCCGCCGUCAACGGGACCAGCUCUGCAGAGACAAAUUUGGAAGCACUUCAGAAGAAGCUGGAAGAACUAGAGUUGGAUGAGCAGCAACGAAAGCGUCUUGAAGCAUUCCUUACCCAGAAACAAAAAGUUGGAGAGCUAAAGGAUGAUGACUUUGAGAAGAUCAGUGAGCUAGGAGCUGGAAAUGGUGGGGUUGUCUUCAAAGUAUCUCACAAGCCUUCUGGUCUCAUAAUGGCAAGAAAGUUAAUUCACCUAGAGAUAAAGCCAGCUAUUCGAAACCAGAUCAUUCGCGAACUGCAAGUUCUACACGAGUGCAACUCUCCCUACAUAGUAGGCUUCUACGGAGCUUUCUACAGUGAUGGAGAAAUCAGCAUUUGCAUGGAACAUAUGGAUGGUGGCUCCUUGGAUCAAGUACUGAAAAAGGCUGGAAGAAUUCCAGAGCAGAUACUGGGCAAAGUUAGCAUUGCGGUAAUAAAAGGACUCACAUAUCUGAGAGAAAAGCAUAAAAUAAUGCACAGAGAUGUUAAACCAUCGAACAUUUUGGUAAACUCUAGAGGUGAAAUCAAGCUUUGUGAUUUUGGUGUCAGUGGACAACUGAUAGAUUCCAUGGCAAACUCUUUUGUUGGCACGCGCUCCUACAUGUCUCCUGAAAGACUACAGGGAACCCAUUAUUCAGUGCAAUCAGACAUAUGGAGUAUGGGGCUGUCGCUGGUAGAAAUGGCUAUUGGCAGGUACCCGAUCCCUCCUCCUGACUCCAAGGAGCUUGAACUGAUGUUUGGCUGCCCUGUAGAGGGAGAUUCUCCAGUCACAGAGACCUCACCCAGGCAAAGAACACCUGGUCGGCCAGUCAGCUCUUACGGACCAGACAGCAGACCCCCAAUGGCAAUCUUUGAACUUCUUGAUUACAUUGUCAAUGAGCCACCUCCGAAGCUGCCCAAUGGUGUUUUUGGUUCUGAAUUUCAAGAUUUUGUUAACAAAUGUUUAAUUAAAAAUCCUGCUGAGAGAGCCGAUUUGAAGCAGCUGAUGAUUCAUGCUUUCAUUAAGAGAUCUGAAGCGGAGGAGGUGGAUUUUGCGGGGUGGCUUUGUUCAACCAUAGGCCUUAACCAACCGAGUACACCCACGCAUGCUGCUGGAGUCUGAGCGUGGAAGUGCAAAUCCUGUACUGUACAUCUGUUAACAACAAUGCUAUUUUGGUCCUCUUCCCUCAGCUUGUACCUGUUCAAACACGUAUCUCACCUCCUAAGGAAGAAUGUCUUUCUAGCAUGUGCCAAAUGGUUUUAAACUUUGUCAUAAAAAUAAUUGGUAUUGUAUUGGAUGACGUUCGUUUACUGACCAAAAACGUUACAGUGCUUGCUGAUUUUAAGUGAUUAUGGAUAUUCUUUCUUAAUGAAAAUAUCUCUGGGGGUGAGGGGAGUCUUCACCUCCAGCUUGUUUGAACUUUUCUCAAGAUUCUUUGUAAAUCGUUGGUACUUCAAUCAUGCUUAACCUAAUCUCCCCUGCAGAAAGGGUUAGGGAUGCUCCAAAACUCUUCUCUGUCGAGCAUGCUUUUGCUGCUGCCAAACUGUAUCUGAAAGCCAGGCCUGGUGGUUCCAGUCUUGCUGUUAUUUAGAGAUCACUCUUUCCAGGUGAAGAAGGCAAGAGCUCUGCACUUCUUGGAAUGUCCAGGGCAAUGUUCUAAUUGUAGACUUGUUCAUAUUUCUAUAUUUAUUUUUAAAACAUAUCAUACUUGGAUUUAGUGAUGUUUGUCUUUCUAAUUGCUUUUUAAAAGCUAGUUCUUGGAAGUGUCCUACAGAAUCGAGACACAGAUCCAGGCAGUUUGCUUUCUUUUAACCUAAAGAUUCAUGACAACCGUGUUUAAUGUCUAAAGUGUAUGAAGACUCUCUGUUGGUUUUUUUCUCUCAGAUGUUUAGCAAUGGAUUCUCUUAAUAAAUAUAUUAUCAAGUA